UUUUAGGAAAACAACAUAAGUAGGGAGAGAGAGAGAGAGAUUGUCUUAUUUCCUUUGAAUUUAAAUCAACACUCUUCCUUCUUCAAAAGCCCCAACUUUUACCCAAAUUGCAAAAUUUGGGUUUUCUAUUCACUGAAGCUUGAGAGGUGAAAACCCCCCAUGAUCUAAUUUUUGUGUGGAUAAGAUUUUAUGGAAGACAAACUUGUUGAGGGUCAGUCAAGUGUGGCUCUCAAAUCUAGAUCUAGAUCGGAGUCAACGUUGGUCGCGGAGAAGGGGAGGAGUGAUGGAUGCGAAGGAAAAUCGGAAUCCGGACGAAAGCGGGUGAAAUUGCGAGAUCUUGAUUCUGUUAUUAGAUCGGAAGAUGUUUCAAAGGGGGGAAGUGGAACAAGGUUGCCUCUUGAUCUGAAUAAGGUUGAGGCCAACAACGCUGAGAGCUUGAGGGGUUUCAAAUUGGAUCUUAAUGCAAAAAAAGCCGUUUCUAGCACGAUCAAUAAGAACAUCAAACGGUUCAAGUUAGCAGCAGAGAAUGAUUCUGAGUGUGCGAGCACUACCGAUGGAUCAUUGGAAAAAAGAGAUUCAAUGAAAGUCUGGAAAGAGAUGAAACAAAACGGGUUUCUCUCCUCUAAUUCCCAUGGAGGCAUACCAAUUCCAAAGCCACCAAGGGUGAGCAAGAGUAGUAAAAAUGAAAUGAUCAUAAAGCAGAAAAUGGAACUUGCCAAGAAGGAGCAAGUUGACAGGUUUGCGAAAAUCGCUGCCCCUAGUGGAUUACUAAACGGAUUGAAUCCCGGGAUUAUAAACCAUGUCAGGAACAGUAAACAGGUUCAUUCCAUAAUCGAAGCUUUGGUCCAGUCCGAGAAACAGGCAGACAUAGCAAAGAGUACUGACAAUCAGCAUAGUGGUGAAUUAUUGUCGGUUGAAGAAGAUGAUGACGAUGAUGAUGAUGAUGAUGAUGAGACAAGUAGUGAGACAGAAGAGAGGAUUUUUGUGAAUGCUGAUGUUUUGAAAUCGAACCAGGAAUCUACUAGUAUGAACUCGACUGAUGUUUCGCAUCUUUCUAUCAAAGCUGCUGAUGUUGCUUCACAAUGGUUGGAUCUUCUUCAUCAAGACAUAAAUGGACGACUUGCUGCCCUUCAACGAAGUAGGAAGAGAGUUAGUGCUGUGAUCCGGACAGAACUACCUUUGCUGAUUUCUACAGAAUUAUCAGAUCAACAGUUAAUUUGCAUGAAAAGUUCUUCGAAUAAUAAUAAUUAUAAUGCACAUCGAACAAGAUGGAAUGCUUUAUUUGAUCAGAUGGACAAGUCUCUUUCGGAUGAAGAACAAAAACUGGAAAAUUGGCUGAAGCAGGUUAAAGAUAUGCAGAUUCAUAGUGAAAACAUGGAUUCCUCCAGAUUAACUUCUUCUGCUGCUGACAAUAAUCAGGAAAGGGAAUUAGCUGUUCGAGCAGCUGCUGCUUCCAUUUACUCAACCUGCAACUUCUUACAGUCAAUGGAGGAGAACCAACCUUGUUUUUAAAUCAUUUUGAAUUUUGAUCUCAAGUUGGCUUAGUUGUUGUUUGAUUAACCAAACCGCAGCCAAUAAUUGAAAAGAACUCUCUGUAGGUUAUUUUUGGUGUUUGUUAGAUUGAUUUGUAACUUUAAGUAAGACAGUGUCUACUAAGUACUGGUGGAUUGGUUUUUAUUUAUUUUCUUCAUAAUAUUUGUGUUUUUUACACAAUUGAUAAUUAUUGAAAAGAAAAUUGAAGUAAAAAUUUUA